AUGAAACCAAGUUCACCUGCUCCAGCCACUGAUUCCACAGCUAUUAAAAUUAUCUUCAAUAAGGAUACUUUUGAAACUUUUGCUCAGAAUUCACCUACUUUAAACCAUUUGACUAAAUAUAAGAUUAUUUCAAAUUUGAUCAACUAUUUACUAUCAAUUUCAAUCUUAACUAAGAUUUUGUCCAUUUAUAUGUCUUUGAAUUUGAAAUUGAAAAAUAAUCUCAUUGAUUCCCCAAACUCACCUUUCUUUAUUAAAAUCUCUUAUAAAUAUUUGGAAAACUUCAUUUGGAAAAUCGACGAAUUGUUUAAUUUGUUAAUAUUAAGAGAUGGUAUAGAUUCUUUGAUCAACCAAUACAAUAAGCCUCAUGAAAAAAAUAUCAUUCCAGGCUCUUGGUUGGUCUUUUUCACCAUUGAUUACAUGGCAAAUAUAACAAACACUUUGUUACAAGAAUUUAUUGUAAAGCCAUUUAAAAUGCCAAGUUUGCCAAAUUCAAAUAAAAAGUCAGAUGAGAUCCAAGAUUCUGAAGAAAUCAACAAUAAGAAUUUGCCACAUGUAAAUGAACUUUCCAUCACAACUAAAACAAUCUCAACAGAUUUAAAAGAUAUGGCAUUUAAGAAUUACGAAAAAAUUGUAAAACCUGCCACUGAUAAAAUUCAAUCUUCAACUUACGUCAAUACUGCAAAGGAAAAAAUAAAUAAUAUCGUUAAGCCUACUGUUGACACUGCUAAAAGCACUUAUAAAACUGUCUCAACACAAUACGAAGAUAAUUUGAAUAAAUCAGAAAGUGUACCAAGAGCUUUGGUCUCUACAAGUGUAGACUUGGGUAAUUUGACUUUGGAAAAGUUAAAAUUGACAAAAUCCAAUGAAAAUGAAAACACAAUCUCACAAGAUGAAGAUAGUUCAUUACAAAAAAAUGAAUCUAUAACUGCUGCCUCUGACACCACCACUACCAAUUAA